AUGGUUUCAUUUCGGGCCCUGGGGGCUCUCCCCUUCCUGCUCAUCCCUCCAUUCAUGGCCUACAUAUUCUCAUUCGCCCCAAUCAUUACUAUCGCUUUCGAGUCCAUGCUUGAAGAUGGGCAAUUCUCUCUCAACGGCGUACAAGCACCUCUCAUGAAGACGUUCUACGGCAUCAACAUCCUCGAUGAGACACUCUCCCGCGUCUGUGUCGGAUUUGCUCAGCUGUUAUUAUUUCCUGCUGAUCCAAAGGGCUACUGGCAGCUCUUUUUGUUCUUGACGGAAUUUGCUGGCCUGUACGGCAUCUUCAUUCUUGAAAGUUGCAGGGGGGCUCACAGACGUUCCAUCCUUCUGUUCCCCUUCUUGAUCGCCUUCUUUGGCCAAUUCAUGACCGUCGGGAUCCUCAGUCCCAUCUAUUUCUUCACUCUCUAUGUCAAGUCGCCGCUCUCCAAGCUGAAUACGCCCACAGCCCGGUCCAUCCCGGCGUCAGACGCUGUGGCUGUUCUGCCAACCGUCGCCCUAGCAUACUAUUCCUCACAGCUCCCCUCGCAGUUCCACCCUAACUAUGAGGCACGGCUAUGGUACACCUGGGUCUGGCAGAUUUAUCCCGUCUGGGGUUCUGCCAUCUUCUUUGUGCUAUCCAAGACACUGGGUCCUGCAUUGGCCCCGAAGCAAACCAUGAGUGUGCUGAAGCCUACGUUUGCCUUCUUCAUUGUUUUGAACGUUGCUUCUUACUGGUACACGCUGUUGGCCUCGGGAAUCCCCUUCUUCGACAUUAUGAUACCAAUUUAUUUCACUAAAGCGCCGCCAUCUGCACAGGAAGUUCUCAGGACAAUUGUUCAGUAUGAUUAUAUCUUCACCUUUGGGGCGAUGACCCUCUGGCUGGCAUACUCUUUCUGUGACCUGAAAGCCGCAGGCAUUAUGAAGACGUCCUGGAUUACAAUUGUCGUUGUUGCUAUCGUUACAUCAUGCUCGGCUGGGUUGGGAACAACAGUGCUGUUGGGAUGGCUUUGGCGCGAACAGCUAUUGUCCACACAAGAUGAUCGUAAGACAAAAUAG